AUGCGUCUGGCACGUGCUGUGUCCAGGAACCUGAGCACGCUCUCCAGCGCCUGCCGCACACGCCCCGCGCCGCUUCCGCGCCUCACCUACCACCUGCGCCCACCGCCGCCGCGCUUGGGUCCCAUGGAAUCUGAGAAGCUGGGAGCAGCGGCAGGUCUGGCGACCCGCGCCGAGCGGCUAGGCCACCAGGGCGAGGCGGCCGGCAGGGAGGCGCCAGGGGAGGGUCCGGUGGGCGACAAGCGGGCGCAGGUCGGCGACGUGAGCCCCGGCCGCCUGCAUCCCCAGCCGCCCGCCAGCGACAUGCCCAGGGCCAACCUGAAGGCCGCAGGCGCCGCGCGCCCCGACACCAACCACUCUGAUGGCCCCUCCCUCGCCGUCCACAUCGGGGUGUCUGAUGAGCAGGGCCAGCGCAGCUACAUGGAGGACAGGCACACCGUCAUCCCCGACUUCCGCCCCAAGGGAGCCGCCGACCCGGCACUGCCGCGCCAGUUUGUGGCGGUGUACGACGGCCACUCCUCGCACCACGGCUCCGAGCACGCCUCCCGCCGCGUGCACCAGUUUGUGGCCGCCCAGCCCGCCAUCCAGCAGUGCUCGGGCGCGGCGUGCGACCAGGAGGCGGUGCAGGCAGCGCUCAAGGCCGCUUUCGAGGCUGCCGACACGGAGAUUGUGGAGACCGCUGUUCAGGACGGCAAGCGCUACGGCACCACCGCGGUGUGCGCCCUGCGGAUGGGCCAGACGGUGUAUGUGGCGCACGCAGGAGACAGCCGCGCGGUGCUGUGCCGGGAUGGGCGCGCCGUGACGCUGACCCGCGACCACAAGCCGGCCAGCGUGCCCCAGGAGCGGGAGCGGAUCGAGGCGCAGGGCGGGCACAUCGCGUACGACGCCGACCGCGUGCUGAGUAACCCAGAGGGCCAGCGCCGCAGCCGGCUAGCCAUGAGCAGGUGCUGCCUAGCGCUGGGAGACCCCGACUUCAAGACGCCGCGGCGGCUGGUGGAGGCAGAGCCGGACGUUGCGCGCGUGGAGCUGCGCCCGCACGCCGACUCCUUCAUGUUGCUUGGCAGCGACGGCCUGUUUGAUGUGAUGAGCGGGCAGGAGGCGGUGGACGCAGCCUCCCGAGUGCUGGCCUCAUCCAAGGCCAACCUGUCCAGCGCCGUGGCGGAGGCGGCGGCGGAUGCUCUCGUGCGCAAGGCGAUGCAGGACGGCACCAGCGACAACGUCACCGCCCUGAUAAUGGCCUUUGACUGGGAUUGA